GCUUCGCCGGAGCCGCGGCUCGCCCUCCCACUCCGUCAGCCUCGGGAGAGGAGCCGCGCCCGCCGGCCGCCCCCAGCCCCAUGGACCUCCGAGCAGGUGACUCGUGGGGGCUGCUAGCUUGCCUCUGCACUGUGCUCUGGCACCUUCCCACAGUGCCAGCUCUCAACCGCACUGGGGACCCAGGGCCUGGCCCCUCCAUCCAGAAAACCUAUGACCUCACUCGCUACCUGGAGCAUCAACUUCGAAGCUUGGCUGGGACCUACCUGAACUACCUGGGCCCUCCUUUCAACGAGCCUGACUUCAACCCACCUCGGCUGGGGGCAGAAACUCUGCCCAGAGCCACUGUUGACCUCGGCGUGUGGCGGAGCCUCAACGACAAAUUGCGGCUGACCCAGAACUAUGAGGCCUACAGCCACCUUCUGUGCUACCUGCGUGGCCUCAACCGCCAGGCUGCCACAGCCGAGCUGCGCCACAGCUUGGCCCACUUCUGCACCAGCCUCCAGGGCCUGCUGGGCAGCAUUGCAGGAGUCAUGGCAGCUCUGGGCUACCCGCUGCCCCAGCCCCUGCCAGGGACAGAGCCCACCUGGGCUCCCGGCCCUGCCCACACUGACUUCCUCCAGAAGAUGGAUGAUUUCUGGCUGCUGAAGGAGCUGCAGACCUGGCUAUGGCGCUCGGCUAAGGACUUCAACAGGCUCAAGAAGAAGCAGCAGCCUCCUGCAGCUGCAGUCACCCUGCGCCUGGAGGCCCCUGGCUUCUGAUUUCUGCCUUGCCACUCUCCUUCUCCUCUCCCUUUGGAAACUACACUGCCUUUUGGGAGGGAGCAACCAUUUGCCAACGCCUGUUGAGCGAGGUGUCAG